UUCACCCUCCACCUGCACCCCAACGUCCCCCCUCCUCGCUGGGACGCACCGCGGGCUCCCCACUCGCUGCUCAGGUCCUGCGCUCGCACUGGAAGAUUUCGCCCGUCCCCCUCCCACCUUUCUAGUCCCCCCCUCCGUGAUCGGACCUGCAGGGGGAUGGGCGGGCGAGCCAGUCGGGGACCCCUGCACUGAGUAGCCGCCUCUGCCUUCUCUGCUUGCGGCCAGCUGGUUUGGGGGGGACGCGCCCCUCGGCCCCACUGAAUCUUUAAUAUUUUUUUUGCAACAACAUCAAGGAAAGGACCGUGCUGGAAAAGCCCUUUAAGCCUCCCCUUCUCCCCCCAGCACCAGCCGCCCACCUCUGACAAAGUUACAGCUCUGUCUAACCACUCAGUCCCAGGAUGGAGCCCUCCUCCUCAGUAUUUAGCUAUUUGUUAUUGCACUUGUUUGUUCUCUCCUUACAAGCUCAGGUAACUGUUCAGUCCCCACCUAAUUUUACACAGCAUGUGAGGGAGCAGAGCCUGGUGACGGAUCAGUUCAGCCGACGGCUCGUCCGCACCUACCAGCUGUACAGCCGGACCAGCGGGAAGCACGUGCAAGUCCUGGACAACAAGAAAAUCAAUGCCAUGGCCGAGGACGGGGACGCUCAUGCCAAGCUCAUCGUGGAGACGGACACCUUCGGGAGCCGCGUGCGCAUCAAAGGGGCCGAGACUGGGUUCUACAUCUGCAUGAACAAGAAGGGGAAGCUGAUUGGCAAGAGCAACGGCAAAGGCAAAGACUGCGUCUUCACGGAGAUCGUCCUGGAGAACAACUACACGGCGCUGCAGAACGCCAAGUACGAGGGCUGGUACAUGGCCUUCACCCGCAAGGGCCGGCCCCGCAAGGGCUCCAAGACGCGGCAGCACCAGCGCGAGGUGCACUUCAUGAAAAGGCUCCCCAAGGGCCACCAGACCACCGAGCCCCACAGGCGCUUUGAGUUCCUCAAUUACCCGUUCAACCGGAGAAGUAAAAGGACUCGAAACUCCAGCCCUCGGCAGGGCCCCUGACUUGCCCCGCCCCCUGCCUCCCAAGCCCCGCCCCCUUUUCUUCUGCGUAGACAUGUGCUGGACUGUGACUAGAGACUUUUUUUAAUACGGUUAUUAAAAAAGAGAAAAAAAAAGGAGGACAAAAAAACCGACCCAAUCGAGUUGUUUAUA